UGGUAACAAUCCCAUUUCGUACACUAGUAUAGGGCAAUGGAUUAUCCCUUGGAAAUCCAAAUAAGCACCAAAAUUUUUAUUCAUAUAUUCUGUGGCGUUAUCAGUUCAAGAUUUUUAUAGCUUCAAAUCAUCUGGAAGCAAGAGAAAACCUCACUUUUUGCCUUGACAAUCAGUAAAGCUUUACACAAAUUUGAUCCUCUCUUUCCAGAAUAUAGUCAGUACAGGAUACUGACAAAUAGUUGGGGGUUUAAGACAUAUUUCAUGAAAUGGAUAUUAAGCAGCAAAAGAAACUAAACUCUGGUUUGUCAGAAAUGAGCUUAGAAAGUCAUGAUCAUAUUCUCCAAAGAUGCCCUAGUUCUGAAAUUGUUGCUGAUUCCAACUGCAAUUUGGAGUAUAAAAUAUGUGAAUCUCCUAAUGUUGUUCAGCCAAAAGCAGUUAUAGAUCAACAUCCUCCGAAAGCAAGUGUUUGUGCUUUCUGUUAUUCUGCUAAGACCACAGAGAAAACUGGACCUUUUUUGUACUUUGCAAAUGGAAGGGAAGUUGUGGGUAAUGUUACUUCUCUUUCCAAAGUCAUAUGUGUGCACAGUAAGUGCAUUGAAUGGACACCUCAAGUAUAUUAUGAAGGAGAAAUUAUAAAAAAUUUGGACACCGAGUUGGCAAGAGCUACAAAAAUCAAGUGUAGUAGUUGUGGCAUGAAGGGUGCAGCACUUGGCUGCUACAUGACGUCUUGCAGGAGGAGUUAUCAUGUGCCCUGUGCAUUUGAAAUCCAGGAUUGCAAAUGGGAUAUGGAGAACUUUGUGAUGCUGUGCCCAGUUCAUAAAUCUGUUAAAUUUCCAAGUGAGAAGUCAAAGUCUAUAGAACAUAUCAGGAGGGAAAUGCAUCCAAAGGCUUCUCCCCUAACCACCGAGCAAUUGACUUUUUGGGCAAGAUCAUCAGAUGGACCAAAAGAAUGGGUUCUUUGUGGGUCUGCUCUAUCCUCAGAAGAUAAGUAUAUGUUGGUGAAAUUUGCUGAUAUGUGUGGUGCAACUGUGUGCAAGUUCUGGAAACCAAAUGUCACACAUGUUGUUGCAACAACUGAUGUAAAGGGUGCAUGCACCAGAACAAUGAAAGUUCUCAUGGCGAUUUUGAGUGGAAAAUGGAUCCUAACUAUGGACUGGGUAAAAGCUUGUGUUGCAGCAAAUGGUCCAGUAAAUGAAGAACUUUAUGAAAUAAGUCUAGACAAUUAUGGCCGUUCUGGGGGCCCCAAAGCUGGAAGGUUGAUGGCCUCAACUAAUGAGCCAAAGCUUUUUGAUGGUUUCGAGUUUUAUUUUAUUGGAGAUUUUAUGCCAGAUUACAAAAGUGACCUGUUAGAUCUAGUCGAGGAGGCUGGAGGCACUGUCAUUCAGAGUGAGGAGCAGUUGGUGAAACAGAAUCAUGCUGCACAGGGAACUCAGCCAUCUUCUCUAGUCGUAUAUAACUGUGAUCUAUCGCAAGGUUGCUUUGAAGAAAAAAUCAGAAUUUUGCAGCAAAGAUUAGCAGAAGCUGAGGAUCUAGCCGAGCAAAUCGGUUCUCAGACCGUUCAGCAUACUUGGAUUCUGGAAUCUAUUGCUGCAUGUAAAUUGGUACCUUUCUGCUGAUGAGUGAUCGCAACAAGUUUUUUGUGCAACUGAAAUACUUCCACUUGUGGCAGAAGAACAAAAGUAGUUGUACAUUUUCUGCACCUGGGAAAUAUAGUUGAAUCUUAAAUGCUAAAUUUUGUGUAUAAAUGUGAAAGAGAUUUUACAACCU